AUGUCUUCCUCAAGACUUCUCACUCCUCUCUAUCUCCCCUCCAUCUCCAUCCUCCUCCAACUCACCCUCGCAACCAACCCACUCUUCUCUGAUUGCCCAAGCUCCGCAAAUUUCACUGCCAAUGGCCCUUACAACAAGAACUUGAACGGCCUCUUGAGUUAUCUCAACUCCAAAACCCCGCUGACCGGGUUUGGUUCUGGCUCAUUGGGCAUGGGCGGGAAUAUGACCUAUGGCUCCGCUCUUUGCCGAGGUGACAUCAAUAGCACAGUUUGCCAAGCCUGUGUUGACGAGGCAAGCGUAGAGAUUCAGCAAGUUUGCCAAUUGAAGGAACAAGCAAUCUUGGAGCAAGCAGCUUAUGUUAGCCCAAAAUUGUAUGCUGCUGGGGCCAUGAGUGUCGGGACAUCGAUGGAUCUUUAUGGGCUUGCUCAAUGCACUGGAGAUCUUUCUAGUGAUGAUUGUUAG